UUCUUCUUUUCUCAUUGUCAAAAAAUAACAUUCUGAAAUCUUCAAACAUCAUCUAUUUGCAAAACGUUGUAACUGAAAUCAAUAACGAAUAUAAAAUCUGGAAUAUAAUUGAAUUGAAACAAUGGCUUCAACAAGUGCUGAUUCUCAAAGCAGUACAGCUCAGAAAACUUGGGUUAUGGCAAACAACAUAGAAACAGUAUCAAGCGUUGAUGAAAUCUAUCGUUAUGAUAAAAAACAACAGCAAGAUAUUCUUGCAGCUAAACCAUGGGAGAAAGACCCACAUUUCUUCAAAGACAUCAAAAUUUCAGCAUUGGCUCUACUCAAAAUGGUAAUGCAUGCUCGUUCGGGGGGUACUUUGGAAGUGAUGGGCCUAUUACUAGGUAAAGUUGAUGCAAAUACUAUGAUAGUCAUGGACUCAUUUGCCUUGCCUGUGGAGGGUACAGAGACCAGGGUAAAUGCUCAGGCACAAGCUUACGAGUACAUGACUGCUUACAUUGAGGCAGCUAAGCAGGUUGGUCGCCAUGAGAAUGCUAUUGGCUGGUACCACAGCCACCCUGGCUAUGGUUGCUGGUUGUCUGGCAUUGAUGUCUCCACACAGAUGCUCAACCAAAACUUUCAGGAGCCUUUUGUGGCCAUCGUUAUUGACCCAGUGAGAACUAUCUCUGCAGGGAAAGUGUGCCUUGGUGCUUUCAGAACUUACCCAAAGGGUUAUAAACCAGCUAAUGAAGAACCAUCAGAGUACCAGACCAUUCCUCUGAAUAAGAUCGAAGAUUUUGGUGUGCAUUGCAAGCAGUAUUAUUCGUUAGAGGUUUCAUAUUUCAAGUCGUCUUUAGACCGAAGGCUACUGGACUCAUUGUGGAACAAGUACUGGGUGAAUACGCUCAGUAGUUCUAGUCUUAUCACCAAUGCUGAUUAUACAACUGGACAGAUAUUUGAUUUAUCUGACAAACUUGAACAGAGUGAAGUUUGCCUGAGUCGUGGUGUAUUUCUAGUCGCGGGUGCAGAUCCUCAUGAAAAGCGAUCGGAAGAUAAACUGAGUAAAGCAACAAAGGACGCUUGUAAGACGACUAUUGAAGUUAUCCAUGGUCUUAUGGCUCAGAUGAUCAAAGACAGACUGUUCAAUGGUGUCAUCGGCCGACCUGCACCCUCUACACCCAUGAUUGAGUAAUUUAAAGUAAUAUGUAAAAUGUUCAAGAAAUAAAUAAUAUUCAGAGUUUGAACGUAGUAAAGUUUGUGAACACUUAUGAUACAUUUUACUCAUUUUUCUCUUGUAAUCCAAUUAAUAAAGUA